CCAACCAAAAUUCGAGUGGCUUGCAUCAGACGCGAAUUCGCUAACUCGAAGAAGAUGAUCGUCCCCGUGCGCUGCUUCACGUGCGGCAAGGUGCUCGCCAACAAGUGGGAGACGUACCUCAGCCUCCUGCGCUCCGACUACACGGAGGGCGACGCGCUCGACGAGCUCUCGCUCAAGCGCUACUGCUGCCGCCGCAUGAUGCUCACGCACGUCGACCUCAUUGAGAAGCUCCUGCACUACAACACGGGCGCCAUCGAACGGGGCGCCGACGACUAAGUUCUUGGCCAACGCACUCGACGACGACCCGAAUUUGCAUAAUAUUAAUCCCAACCCAUCCAUGCAUGCCUAGAUGAACACGAGCUUCUCGACGUAGUCUUCGCUCUUGCCAUACUUGCGCACGAAGCCGAGGUACCGCAGCGUCGAGAGCGCGCGCAGGAAGCGAA